CUUAACAUUGCAACACAUGCCAAUACGGCCGGGUUAACUUAUAAAGUGCAAUUUUAAAAUUCCCGCCACACUUCCGUUCGAAAAACUCAUUUGCAUAUGACGUAUGCGCGUGACGUCACAAGAGCUACGGAAGAGGUUGGACCCUAUCGGACCCGACAUAAAAACCUGUGUUUUCGACAAAAUUCCACAGUAUUCUGGACAUCUGUUGGUGAAUCUUUUGCAAUUUGUUCAAUUUACAAUGGAGACUACAAAAAAGAAAGCUGUAAGUGGAAAGCGGUGUGUUGCUGCGGGAUGUAGCAACACAAAGACAAACACAACUGGUGUUGCAUUGUUUUUAUUCCCAAAAGAUGGCGGCCAAGCUUUACUAUGGAACAAAGAAGUCAAGCGAACACGGUUGGAUUGGACCACACACACAAAGUACAGUGUAUUAUGCAGCGAACAUUUCGAACAAUCAUGUUUCGAAGAGGGUCCCUUGCAAAGGGCAGCGAUGGGCAUCGCCACCACCCGUCGACUCGUGCUGAAGAAAGGUGCGAAGCCAACUAUUUUCAACAGACCACGGCCAUGCUUAAGUGCAAGUUCGACAAGUUCAGAGCACCCCACACCCUCCACAAGUGGACAGACUGUGCACAUGAGGUCUGCAUUUGCCAAAAGGGAAAGGAAGAGGACAAUAGAUCAGAUCAUGGCCAGUACGACUACGGCAUCAGUGGCGGAUGCGGUGGAUGAACCAAUGGCAAUGGCACUAGAUUUGCCUGAUGAGGAGGGCGAUCAAGAUCAGGGAAAUACAAGAGAACAAGGAUGCCAGACGGACUGGGUACCGAUUGGGAGAGCACCAACAGCAAUGACCAGUAGCAAGAGCACCCAAACAGGGAAAAUACAUCAUAGAUCAAAGGGACACCAGGUGACCCCAGAGAUCCUCGAGAGGGUUAGAGCUCGGCUGGCCAGGGUUAGUGAAGUCCCAUUGUCAAGUGUAGCAGCUCCAUCUGACAGCCCCGAGAUGCAGACUAACAUAGCAACUCCAGGUGCUCCUGCAUUGUUUGAUGUAGGACCAGCAUCAAGUCCCACUGCGCCUUUUGUUAGUGGUUCUUCCGAUGACAGCUAUGUGCCAAGUGAGUCAUCAACAUCGGAUCCGUGUCAAUCUGACGGGUCGCCAGAUCGCCCACGUACUCACCAGAUGCGUGAAGAGGGCUGCCACAAGGAACCGAAGUACAUCAUCUUUGAGUCGUGCCUCCAGAGUCUCGUCAAGUGGUGUCACUGUCCAGUCUGUGGCAGCCAGGACAUAAGCCCUUCUUGGGAUUCAAACGGUACACAGCUGACCAUGACUCUUCAAUGUGCAUCAUGUGACCAGAGGAGUAGUUGGAGCAGCCAGCCAAACAUUGGCCCUUAUGCCGCGGGCAACAUCCUGCUAUCUGCUGGCAUCCUCUUCGCUGGCGCAUCUUCUGGCAAGGUGUUGCAAGUGCUGAACAGCAUCGGAGUGGUCACGUAUGUGAAGAGGACAUUUUUCAACCACCAGGAGCUCAUCCUGCAGCCAGCCAUCAAAAAGGUGUGGGAGGAACAGCAAUGGACGCACCUCACCAUGCUGCAGGUGGAAGGCCGACCCCUCGUCCUUGGUGGUGAUGGGCGAGCAGACAGUCCGGGACACAGUGCCAAGUUUGGUACCUACACCACAAUGGAGCUUGUGGCCAAUGUGGUUCUCGACCUUCAGGUUGUACAGAGCAACGAAUGUCUUGGCAGCUACCAUAUGGAGAUGGAAGGACUGAAGAGGAUGGUGGAGCUGUUGAUCAGCUGGGACCUGGAUGUCGGGGUGCUGGUGACAGACCGACACAGACAGAUCGCUAAAUGGAUUCGCGAAAACAUGCCCAAUACACGGCACUGCUAUGACAUCUGGCAUGUUGCAAAAUCCAUCGGAAAGAAACUGAAGGCCAUCUACAAGCAUAAGGACUGUGAAGACCUGAAGCCCUGGGUGCAAAGUAUAAUCAACCACCUCUACUGGGCAGCAGUGUCUACACCGCCUGGAGAGGGGGAACUUCUGGUUGCCAAGUGGAAGUCUGUGGAGCGACACAUUCAGAACAUCCACAAGGACCAUGGCGACCUCUUCCCAAUUUGUACUCAUGGACAACUGCAACGGCAAAAUAAAUGCCUCAAACAAAGUUCACGCUCAGCAGUGAAACUGGAGGAGGUGGUCAACAACAAGUCCCUGCUGAAAGAUAUCGCCAUGCUGUCAGGUGAACACCAGACUUCCAAGAUGGAGGCGUUCCAUAGCCUUAUCAUACAGGUGAGAAUUAGGCUGAUCGCCUGUAGGUGGCGUCGGUGGUUACCACCUGCCACUAGGACUUUGGUGGCCAGGGAGCAAAAUACUAGAGCAUACUAAAUGUAGCCUUGAUACAGUCAGUGUAAGCAAGAGAAUGUUAGAGGUCCAACAUGGUGGCUAGGCAGUUAGAGGUCCAACAUAGUGGCUAGGCAUCUUGGUGAGAAAGAUUGCAAACAAUUCUGGCGUGGUGUUAAAAUUAAAAACAAAACAGCUUCAUUAUUGCAGGAGAUCAAGCUUUAAUAGCUGACUAUAAACAGUUUAAUACACAAACAUUUGUAUUCAACACACAUAUGCGGUCCUCUCCAAGGUUUCUCAUAGUCAUUCACCGACGUCCCACUGGGGUGAGUUUUUCCUUGCCCAUAUGUGGGCUCUGUACCGAGGAUGUCGUUGUGGCUUGU